AUGGUCGAGGCCCUCGAUGUGCUCGAGCAUGUCAACGUCGUCUUGGCCGUGAUCCUCUGCAUGAGCGUCGUCGUCUACAACCGCUGCAUGCAGCAGACGCUUGCGUCGGCCCGGCACCAAGCCUCGACGAUCGACAAGCCAUGCCAACACCGCCGCCGGACGCCAUCGAUCGAGGACUGGGACGUCUUGAACCACGUCAUUGACGACCUUCUCCUCGGGUGCGAUGUGCCGUCGCACGCCGAGCCGCUCCCGCUUGUCGGCGAAGGGCUCGCGCUCGCCAUGUACGCCGCGUACCACAUCUCGUCCGUCGGCGUCUUGCGCCCGCCCACCGCCACUUACUAG